AUGGAUCUUGAUGACCGUGGCCCCGCCACACACGACCAGGCCGUGGCGGUGAUGGAGCAGCAGCAGCGGGCUCAGGCGCCCCCCACCGUGCGCCGUCUGCUGUUAACUGCGGUGGCGAUGGAGAAAGCCGGCAAUGCUAACAUGGCCCGUCUCAGUCGGCUGCUCGCCCACUCAAUGCAGGAAAGAGCAGCAUCAGUAGCAACACCAUCACCAACAGUUGCAGUUGCAGCAUCACCUCCAGCAGCAUCAGGAGCAACAACAGUGGCAGCAGGAGCAGCAGGAGCAGCAGGCGAGGAGGCGGGAGAUGCGCGGGCGCGUUUGUCAGCUG